AUGUCCGAUUCAUUCAACACUUAUGAAAAUGACUUCCAACUUGCUUUGCAAGAGGCAAAGACAAAGGUGUCUCAAGUAGAGUCCGUGCAAGGGGAACAACGUCAAUCUUACCUUAAAGCUAUUGAAGCAGCUACAGAUGAAGCAUUGGAGGCACUUGAUCAAAUGACAAUUGAAGUGCAGAACUUGCCCACCAAUCAACGUUCAUCGUACAACACCAAGAUUCGUCAAUAUAAAUCACAAAUUGAUGAUGUCAAAUCAAAAUACAAACAACUCAGCGAUGUUCAAGAUAGACAUGAACUAUUUGGAUCAAGAUAUCGUGAUGAGGAUAAUACUGGCAACGGCGUAUCUGACUCACAGCGUAAACAAUUACUAAACAACCAGUCGUCUUUAGAACGAUCAUCACAGCGGUUGCAAGAUAGUCAACGAAUUGCAUUAGAAACGGAAAACAUUGGUGGUAAUAUCUUGAAUGAUUUGCGAUCGCAACGAGAACAAAUUGGCGGGGCUAGAAAUACGUUGAUGCAGGCUGAUUCAUAUGUUGAUAGAAGUAUUCAAACUUUGAAGAGCAUGGGAAGAAGAUUGACGGCUAAUAAGUUUAUUAGUUAUGCUAUUAUUGCCGUGUUGAUUUUGUUGAUAUUUUUAGUUCUUUUUAGUAAGUUUUCGUAG